AUCGGAUACCGGAUGUUAUGCGUCACCAACAUGCGACGGUGCCAUCUUGACGCUGUACGCGCAAGUGUUAGUAGUCUGCUUCUUUCUAUUUAGAGUUCCUCCCUGAAAGACAAGAAUAUUUAGUCAUCAUGGCUAUGCAAGCAGCAAAACGCGCUAACAUACGACUGCCUCCAGAGGUCAACAGAAUCCUUUACAUCAGGAACCUUCCCUACAAGAUCACAGCGGAGGAAAUGUAUGAUAUCUUUGGAAAGUACGGACCAAUACGUCAAAUCAGAACAGGAAACACACCUGAAACAAGAGGAACAGCCUAUGUGGUUUAUGAAGAUAUUUUUGAUGCCAAAAAUGCAUGUGAUCACUUGUCAGGCUUCAACGUUUGCAACCGCUACCUGGUGGUUCUCUACUACAACGCAAACAGGGCAUUCCAGAAAAUGGACACAAAAAAGAAAGAGGAACAGUUGAAGCUCCUAAAAGAGAAAUAUGGCAUCAACACAGACCCUCCCAAGUAGCAUUCAGAAAACAUCCUUCCUCUUUUUGUCUCAUUGUUGUCUCAAGCUACAUUUUUUCGGCUACAUUUGUGGCAGUCAAGUACUUCCGCAGUUCAUCAUCAUCAUUACAAACAUAAUCUGUUUUCUUAAUUUUUAUUUUGUUAUGGUUUUUUUUUUAAACAAUUAUAAUUAAAUAUGUGAAAAUGUUAAGGUUAGCCUUGUAACUUUAGAAUUAAAGUGCAGGAAUGCUGUUUUGCUUCAUGUGAUUUGGUUUUACCUGUAUUUAGAUUUUAGGUUUUUUUUGUUCUUUAAAAAAAAAAAUAUGUUUCCUCUGCUUUUUCAACAAUCUUUGACUUUAAAAUAGCCUUGAUUGGAAUAAUUUCUUGCUGUCUGUAAAAUAUAUUUUCUUUCUCUUAA